AUGAGUACCAAUGAUCGAAUCCUUACGAACCUACUGAUUCCUGAUUCGAAGAAUUAUGAUAAAUGGUCAAAACAAAUGAAGGUUUUGUUUGGAUAUCAAGAAGUUCUCGAUAUCGUCAACAAUGGUGUCACACCUCUUGGGGAUGAACCCACAGCUGCACAUCAAGCUACAUUCAAAGAAGAGAAGAAGAAAGACUACAAAGCUCUCUUCUUGAUACACUCUUGCGUUCAUGGUGAUAAUUUCGAAAAGGUCAGUGAUUGCGAGUCCACGAGGCAAGCUUGGGUAAGUAUGGAGAAAGCUUAUGGUGGGGCUGCGAAGGCGAAGGUGGUGAGAUUCGACAACAUUAUAGUGGCUAUUGAAAGGUUGAAGGAUCUUGCGACGUUGAGCAAGGAUGAGCUUCAAAGUUCCUUAAAAGCACAUGAACAAAGAAUGGGCGAGAGAGGAAACUAUAAGGCAAACGCAGAGAUAGCUUUGCAAGCUCGCUUCAAUGAGAAGAGUAAAGGUUCGAAAGGAAAAUGGGCUUCGAAAGAGAAGCAACGUAGUCAGAACUAUGUUGGAGGAGAUUCACAAAAUUCAAAGGUUUCAAUGGGACAAAAGGGUGAGAGCAGCAACUCCAAUGGUUAUGGUGAUCGAAGCAACGCGAAAGGUGGAAAACCGAGAGAUAUGAGUAAAAUACAAUGCAGAGAUUGUAAGAAACUUGGGCAUUUCCAAGAAAAGUGUGAUGCUAAACAGUGGGAAUCUAAAGGGGACGAAGCCAAGGUUGCAAGGAAAGAGGUAGAUGAUGAAGACACACUCUUAAUGAUGAUUACCGAGAAGUUUGGUGGCAAUACAGAGGUGCUAGACAGAAGCUGCAAGUCACGGGACAUCAGCUGUAGUAGUGCAGAAAACAGGACAGAUUUAUGCUCAAAACUAAAUGUGAUAAUUUCGGGAAAGAAACACAAAGGGAGUUUUAACAAGGAUGCAGGUCAUAGGACCAAAGCACAUCUUGAGGUGGUGUACUCCAACGUUUGUGGGCCUAUGCAAGUAGACACAUUAGGUGGCAAUAGGUACUUUGUCACGUUCAUUGAAGAUUUUAGUAGGAAGUUGUGGACUUAUAUCUUCAAAAGAAAAUAUGAUGUGUUUGAUGUAUUCAAGAGAUUUAAGUCCAUGGUGGGAAGGCAAUAUGGUCACAAGUUGUAUAUUCUUAAAAUGGAUGGUGGAGAUGAGUAUACCUCGGUUGUGUUUGGGAAGUAUUAUGAUGAUGAGGGUAUAGUGCGUGAGAUUGUACCACCCUAUACACCACAACAAAAUGGUAUUGCCAAGAGGACAAAUCGCUCAGUUAUGAAUAUGGUUUGA